AUGGCAAACGAGGCCGAAGAAACUGUGCGUAAGCUAUCAGCACAUAAAGGUGUCGCUGGUGUUAUUGUAGUUAAUGGCGAAGGCAUUCCGAUUAAGACUACAUUGGACAACCACAUCUCUGUGCAAUAUGCUGGACUGCUGAGCGCUUUGGUGGAUAAAGCAAAAUCUGUGGUCAGAGACUUGGAUCCCACAAAUGAUUUAACAUUUCUAAGAAUUCGGAGUAAGAAAAGUGAGGUGAUGGUUGCACCAGAUAAAGACUUUAUUUUAAUAGUUGUCCAAAACCCGGUUGAAUGA